AUGUUACGGACAAUAAAGCCAAAAAAUGCUCGGUCGAAGAGGGUGCUGCAGGCACGUGAACCGAAAGAGGUCGAGGAUCCUCGGACGGCAAUUUUUGUGAAGGGCACACAUUCUGGAGAAAAGGUAACGGGUGUCAUGAAGGAACUCAUGGCGCUCAAACGACCGAACGCUAUCUCGUUUUCGAAGAAAAAUGCCGUGCGACCGUUCGAAGAUGCUUCUUCGCUUGAAUUCUGGGCGCAGAAGAACGAUGCAAGUCUAUUUGUGGUGGGCCAAACUACUAAGAAACGUCCAGACGGUAUGGUGCUUGUUCGCAUGUAUGACAAUCGCGUCCUGGACAUGUGCGAGCUCGGAGUAGAAAAUUGGGUUAGCAUGAACGAAUUGAAGACACCGAAGGCAACACCGGGCCAUAAACCACUCAUGCAUUUUGCGUCCGAGUUGUUUGACACCCACCCGCGAUUCAUUCAGCUCAAAUCAAUGCUGAUGGAUUUCUUCAGCGGAGAAGUUCUGGACUCGAUUUGUCUGGCAGGCUUGGAACAUGUCAUCAGCGUGUCUUUAGCACCAACACCCGCAUCUAUGAACUCCACGGCAGACAAUUUGCAAGGAUCGGCAUCCAAGGCUUCGGAAGGAGCAGAGAGCUCACUUCCCAAAGUCCACGUGCGUGCAUAUACAAUACGACUACUUGCGUCAGGAACACGGACGCCACGAGUCGAACUCACGCCGAUGGGGCCCUCACUUGAUCUUGUCUUGCGGCGGAAUACCGAGCCCGAUCCCGAGAUAUUGAAGCAAGCGAUGAAACGGCCGAAACUGCGGAAGCAGGAUGUGGAGAAGGGCUUGGGCAAGAAGCGCAAGAACAUCGAGGUCGAUGAGAUGGGUGACGUGCGCGGACGAAUUCAUGUCGCGAAGCAGGACUUGGGACGGCUGCAGACGAGAAAGAUGAAAGGCCUGAAGGGUGGGCAAGAGGAGAGCGACGACUCUGACGACGAAAGUGGGGACGAGGAGGCUGCCCAGUCUCGGAGAAGGAAGCGGAGGAAGGGGGAGUAG